AUGAGAGCUCGAUACAAGUGGCCAGGCGGGACUGGCAUCAUCACUCUCGGGGAUGACGCCACGUUGGGGGACGUAGUAAAGGAACUGACUACCAGAACUCUUGUUACCAACUUUGGUAUCAAAUUUGGGCCGCCUACUGCGAUGAAAGAUCUUGAUAUGACCGAAACCGAUCAACUAGCAAAGUCGCUCGGCAUUCACGGAGAGACGCUGACUCUUGUGCCAAGGGAGGAGCGCCCUUUCCCAUCGAAGCAGUCCAUCGGCGAGGAACACAGUUUUCGGGCAGAACACCACGGAGAACAAAAGCUGGAACCUCACGAAGUCAAUGUCCCUUGGGGAUCCAGGGAGGGCACCCUAUUACUUCGAGUAAUGCCAAGCGACAAUAGCUGCCUCUUUACUGCGUUCGGCGGUGCUCUCCCACAGCAAGUACCGGCAUCAAAGCUACGGCAAAUGAUGGCCGAGUACAUUCGACAACACCCGGACGUGUACACCGAAGCUGUUCUGGGAGUCCCUCCAGAGCAAUAUUGUCGAAGCAUCAUGAACCCCGACAGAUGGGGCGGCGGCAUCGAGUUGACCGUUUUAUCCAAUAUAUUCGACAUAAGAAUCUGUACUUAUGAUGUGGAGACCCAGAAUCUUAUUCCGUUCGGAGAAGGCAAACGUGACCAGUGCAUUCUGGUGUAUUCUGGCAUUCACUACGACCGUAUUUCUUUCAGUUAUUCUGACUACCCAUACACCGAUCCUAUGCUUCCACCCGAGAUGGACCGGACCACGUGGCCAAUAGAAGAUGUGGAGGUUCUCGCUAAGGCUCAGGAGCUGGUCGGGAAGCUUCACAUGGCUCAUUACUUCACAAACAUGGAUGGGCUAGUUCUGAAGUGCGAUGUUGCUGGAUGUGGUUGGAUUGGCUCAGGGCAAGCUGCGGGCCAAAAGCAUGCCGAGGCAACAGGCCAUGGUCAGCUCAGUGAGGUUGUUGAUACCCGGGCAGGUGCUAUUCUUCGCAGGUGCAAUGCCCGAGGCUGUGACUUUAUGGGCCAGGGAGAUAAUGCUGCCAGGCAGCACUCACGAGAUACCGGACAUAAGUCCUACCUGGUGAUUGAGGAUUCGUAG